CACUGAUAGGUGGAACUGAUGGGCUGAUGGGCACACUGAUAUGAUAUGCGGCACUGACUGGCACUAAUAGGUGGCACUGAUUGGCAGCACUGAUUGGCAUUGAUAGGUGGCACUGACUGGCACUGAUGGGUGACACUGAAAGGCAGCUCAGAUGGGCACUGAUAUGUGGCAUUGAUGUGCACUGGUAUGCACUGAUAUGUGGCAUUGAUGUGGCACUGAUGGGCACUGGCACGUGGCACUGCUGGGGCUACACUGAUCAUCAGGGCACACUGAUCAUCAGUGCCCUGAUGAUCAGUGACGGAUCGGCACUGAUCAUCAGGGUACUGAUGAUCAGUGCCCUGAUGAUCAGU